AUGUUCACGCGUUUCUCCAGCCUGAGUUUUGUGAAGAAAUAUGGGAAACUGUUAAGCCUGGAUUUCAGGGCCAUGCAUACUGUUCUUGUAUCUGGAUUGCCCUUAAUCAAAGAAGUCCUUGCCAACCAGGACCAAAACUUUGUGAGCCGCCCCAGGACUGCUGCCGGAGAGCGUGUCUUUAAGACACACGGAUUGAUCAUGUCCGAUGGCCAGGAGUGGAAGGAGCAAAGAAAGUUUGCUCUGACAACGCUAAGGAAUUUUGGUUUAGGAAAGAAGAGCUUAGAAGAACGCAUUCAGGCGGAAGCCCGCCACCUCCUGGAGGAAAUAGGAGAGGAGAAAGGACAGCCUUUUGACCCUCACUUGAUGAUCAACAAUGCAGUUUCCAAUAUCAUUUGCUCCAUUACCUUUGGGGAGGGUUUUGAGUACCAGGAUGGUCAGUUUCAGGAGCUGCUGAAGUUGCUGGAUGAAGUCAUGUAUCUGGAAACCUCAGUGUGGUGCCAGCUCUACAUUGUCUUUCCCCGGAUAAUGAAAUUCCUUCCUGGACUUCACCGAACACUCUUUAGCAACUGGGAGAAAUUGAAAUUGUUUGUUUCUCUUAUGAUUGAAAAAUACAAGAAAGAUUGGAAUCCUGAUGAACCGAGAGACUUUAUUGAUGUUUACCUCAAGGAAAUGACAAAGCAUACAGGCAAUGCUACUUCAAGUUUCCAUGAAGAAAACCUUGUCUGCAGCACACUGGAUCUCUUCUUUGCUAGAACAGAGACAACUUCUACAAUGCUGCGCUAGGCUCUGCUUUACCUGGCCAUCUACCCAGAAAUCCAAGAGAAAGUACAAGCUGAGAUCAAUGGAGCAAUUGGCAAGUCACGGCAGCCCAGCAUGAACGACUGAGAACACAUGCCCUACACCCAUGCUGUCAUCCAUGAGGUGCAGAGAAUGUGUAACAUCAUCCCCCUGAACGUGCCCAGAGAAGUGACGUUUGAUACUGCUGUGGCUGGAUACUUCCCGCCAAAGGGGACUGUGAUCAGGGACCCUGCAGAGUGGGCCACCCCUGAAACAUUCAGUCCUGAGCAUUUUCUGGAGAAUGGGCGGUUUAAGAAAAGGGAAGCCUUUCUGCCUUUCUCAACAGGAAAGUGAGUUUGCCUUGGAGAACAGUUGGCCAGGUCUGAGCUGUUUAUUUUCUUCACUUCCCUUAUACAAAAAUUUACCUUCAGGACCCCAGCCAAUGAGAAGCUGACCUUGAAGUUCAGGAUGGGCACCACUAUUUCCCCUGUCAGCCACCGCCUCUGUGAUGUUCCUAGAGCCUGA